GUGCAUAAUGCUAAAGUGAUCUUGCAUAAACAGCUAUGCACAUUGGGAAGCAGAUCAGUGCUGUGGUAGAUGUGCCGAGGGUUUGAACUUGAGUAACAUGAUGCUAAUGUGGAGAAAAAAUUGACAGUGCAUAUAUGCAUUGAGAAGGAGCUCUGAGAAUGUUGAAUAUUACACACCAGAAAGACUCAGUUCUGGGCACACCAUUCAUUGGUAGCAGGGCUAAAGGAAUCUGGUCAGGAAACUCCACCAACACAACAAGCCAGAGAUUUGGGAGCUGGAAGAACACAGUAAGCAUGAAUAAAUAGAGGAGGCACGGAUAUAGGUUGUGAAAAAGAGGCUAAUCCAAGCUGGUGCCAUUGUGCUGCAGCAUCUGAAAGGACUGGAGGAUUUUUUUUCAAUUAGGCUUACUUUGUUAAAGAAAGGUGGCACAGAACAAGUGAAUGCUCAAAGGAGAUGGGGAAAUGGUAAAUUAAGAGCUAUUAGUGUUGGCUGUGGGAUUGGAAGAAAACAGUAACAGCUUCCUCAGCCACUGAGGCAAACAAAUCCAUUAGCUGAAGUUAGGAACAACCUUUACAUGGCUAAAUUAGAUAUAAAUUCCUGUUCCACUUCAUCUUUUAUGAUGCUUUGGUACCUAUUCGUCCUUAAACCACUUGAUGCAUGAGGAAAGAGAAGAGCUCUCUCCAUUAACUCUGGAAAUCAUGGGACAAAUUAAACCAAAUAAAGCAUCUUCAAGAUGGCAACAUUCAGCAUGUCUGAAAAGUGGCAACUAAGUACAAGAAAAAGACCUAGAUGAGCUUGACUUAGGUAAGACGUAUCUUCUGUAUUACUCUGAGGCCAUUGCUGUAAUCUGUGAGGAAUGCUUCCUUUAGAAGAACAACUAUGCAGCGGAUGAGCUGAAGCUGUACUUGUGGUGGUUGGACAGGAUGUUUGUGUUAACUGCUUGGUCACUGCUGCUCUGCACAGGAAAGUAGCUGAGUUCUGCUGAUCUUUCACAUGAAGCAGGUUACAUUUUUACCUAACUUCAGCCAACUGAGGAUCAGCACUCAGCAACAGAUGGGGGGAAAAAAAAAAAGAGUAAUGCAACAACAACAACAAAGCAGCAGAACGCGGCAGCGGCACCUGAGGCUGGCGGGGGACAGGCGGGAGCCGUACCCCCACAGCCUGCAGUUCUACCAGGAGCCCCCCACCGAGAGCAUCUCGCUGGUCGAGUUCGAGAGCUUCGCCGUGGACCGCCUGAGGCUGCUCAAGGUAGUUGAAAACCUUGGUGUGAGCUAUGUAAGAAGUGGUGAUGCGUACAAAACUAAGCUGGAGGCUGAGCUCCGGAAACUUAAGUUUCCCUACAGAGCUUUGGCUGAGGAUGAUUAUGAUGCAAGAAGAAAGGAUCAUAUUUCUCAUUUCAUAUUGCGCCUUGCUUACUGUCAGUCUGAGGAACUCAGACGUUGGUUUCUUCAACAAGAAAUGGAUCUGUUUCGAUAUCGCUUCCACGAACUGACUGACAGCCUGAGGCAGAAAUUCUUGGAUCAUGUUAACUUAUCAUUUGAAGCUGAGGUAGUACUUAUGGUACUGACUGAAAUGUCAAGAAAGGAAGAGUGUAAAUGCAAAGCAGGAAUACAAGUGGGUGAGCAGGAGUGAUGGACCUCAUUCUCACUGUUUUUUGGUGGUGGUGAGCUGUUAGUUAUAUUUGAACCAUGGUAUAAAAUGGCGGCCUCAUAUGAUUCCCUUGUUGCAACUUUUGUGUAUUUUAAUUAAUUUUAUUUUAAACUCUUCUGUAGAUGAUUAUUUUGAUGGAGACCCUACUGGAGCCUUUAAAAACUGACACUUUUCCAGUUAGUUAUUUGACUGCAAGUAAUAAGAGAGAAGUCUACUUGGUGGUAUCUGGCCAUGUAACUAUCUUAAUUUAUUAUCUUCAUUUACCUUCUAAUACAAUACCAACAGCUUUAAACUAAACAGCUUUAUUGCUGCUGGUACUGCAUUAGAAAAUCAAUGGUUUCGGAUUUGUACUUUUCAGGCACUUUAAACUUCGAUAGUGAUAUCUCUUUAAAACCAAAACUGAUUCAAUUUUGAAGAUGAUUCUGUCUUAAAAGUAAUUUGUAUGGCUUUCAUUAAUAGCUUCACCCUCAAAGUUGUGCUUGGGAGCUCAAAUAAUUUAGAAUUUAGCCUCUGUUUUCUCAGAAAGUAAGUUUUAGUUGAACUCUCGAAAGUGAUGUUGUCAAUAUAAACUUCUUUCCAGUGAAUAGAAAGACAUGGAAGAAAUUGAACAUGUUCAGAGGGUUUUGAGUCUAUUCUAUGCCUUGUGUAUGUUUAAAAAAAGAAAAAAAAGUGAAAGAAAAAUAAAGGUUUGAAGGGACUGUGCUGUUAUUGGUUAUCACUAGAUAAAGACCUUUUUACCUGUGGCAUGUAAUUUUCAGCUCUCAAAGCAUGUUAAAUAGACUUUGUGCAAAGUCAGUCACACAGGGAGUACAGGAUUUCCUUAUGCAGCUCUCAGGGAGAAUUAAGUGGUGACAUUUAAGUAUUCAGAGCCCAUCAAAGAGGAUUUGCAAACACAGGUGUGCACUUGAGAUUCACAUUAAUUUAGGAGAUUUAAGCAUUAAUAUCAUAUUAGAAAUGAAUAAUGACAGCUAUGUCAGUUUCUGACAGCAAAAGCCAUUAAUGUAUUUUUAAGAUAUUUAAAGGGAAAUACCCUGGUAUUUUCAGUGUUAUAAUCAUGGAAGGAAAUACAUUAGUCUCAAAGCUUUUCAACAUAGGGAAAGUAUAUUAACAGCUUCAGAGGUAAAUGACACUUAAGGAAUGAACUGCAAAAUGAAUUUUUCUUCCUUGCUACAAGCGGUGGAGCUGUUUUCUGUUGUUUAAUUUAGGAGUAGCUGGUUUGAUUUCUGUCAGGUGAUGCUGAGUGAUGUGUUUGGCAUCAGUCGAUGUUAUGGCUGAGUCCUGCUUUCUGCUGUAACUUUUAGCAGUGAGCUUUGUCUCUGCUGUUUUUGAACUGCUCUCCUGCUGUCUUUGAACUACUGCUUAGUUAUCUGCUUGUGAAGGUGUCUUAAGUGAAUGACUUUGAAGGCUCAUUGAUACAAUAUGAGAUAAUUUUCUCUUGUCCCAGAGGUCUGUUGUACUGUCAGGCAGUGAGAUUGGCUUAGUACUGGUUGUUUUUUUGAUAUCCAUGUGUGCUGUGCUUUUUUUGCUAUCAGAUGCUUUGAUUUGUUGAUACAUUUUUCCAGGAAUUAAAUUUGAUAUCUUGGAGCACAGGAUAAAAUGUUACUGAAAUACAAAUUUGGGAUAAAGCUUUACAUUUUGUUGAUUGUCUUGAUUGAUCUGUUCUCCUGUGACACUUUUUCCAUCUUGUCUUUGGAUUGUUAGCUUCUUCCUGAAGCAGACACAGUUCCUUGUUGCUUACACAAGAAAUAAGCAUUGAGUUAUCAUGACUUAAUCUGCCGUGCAAGGUGAUGUAUAAUUGAAUUUGGAUUCCUUGUAAUGCUUCUGUUCUUUAUUAUUCUGCACAUUUCAGAGAGAUAAACUUCAAAGUGCAGCAUAUUUUUUCUUGAAUAUGUUUUUCUCUGUUAGUGUUACCUCUCCACAGAGCAUAAAAGAUCCUAUUUAAAUUAUCUUAAAAGUCUUUACCACUGAAAAUCCUCUUGAAAUUAAAAAGAAAUAUUACAGCUUCCAGGUUAGAUGUCAUCAUUUUUGGGCGGAAAAUAAACUAUCAUAAUUUUUUUAAUUGCUGCUAUAAAACAGGUUGUCUUAAUAUAAUACUUUGUAUCAUAGUCAUGGGGAAGGAACAGCAGAUGGGAAUAUUCAACUGGGGGAGCUGAUGCUCUGUUGUGCAUCUAUUAGCAUUUGGGAUGGAACAGUAUGAACUGCAA